AAUGGAAUGAAAAGACAGCGUAACGAGAAGAGUAAAAAAAAACCCCCUUUCAUCAUUACAAAACGCAUUAAAUUCGUACACACACAUAUACAGGCCACCGAGCAGCUUCCAACACGCUCGUACAUGCGCGCACGCACACACACACGCACGUACGCACGCACGCACACGUACCAAACAGCAGCGUAAAUCGGAAGCUGUGUGUAGUGGUGUGUGUGUGUGUGUGUGUGUGUGUGUGUGUGUGUGUGUGUGUGUGUGUGUUUUUACUACUGCUGCUGUUGCCCGCACCACCACCCCUCCUCCAACACUAUUCCGCGUACGUACGGGGUGGACAGCAGCAGCAGCAGCAGCCGAGCGGCCGAAACAUCUGAUUGUGUUCCGGGUUCUGUGCGGUUCGGUCGUGUCCCCAUAGGUCGUCGUGCAGUGCCCAAAAGGUGUCACCAGUGCGGGUUGGUCGCUUCCCACCUCUUACAGCAUUUUUGGCAAACACGAUUUGAUUGGCGACAAAUUUUUGCAUACCAAUUUGUUCGGGACGGAAGAAAUAAAGCCGCAGCUGCGUUUGGUUUUUUUUUUUAAUUAUUUCUGGUCUGCUGCAGCACUGCAAGAUAAAGGGGGAAAUUUGCGGCAUAUACAAAAAAAACGCAACAACUCAAAAGAGCAUUCCCUUUACGAAAAGAGCACCCAGUGCCCUUCGCCCAAACGAGUGGUCAUCAACACAUCGUUCGUCCCUUUCUGCUGCUAAAGAAAUCCGCGGAGCAAAAACCAUUCUCCAUGAAACGAAUGAGCAGCGCGUGUUAAAGUUUUUGAACCUGCUGUACUCGAACAGGCGGGUUUUUUUUCCUUCUUCGGUGGUACCAUGGGUCAUCGAAGAAAGCGUAAUAAUAUGUGUGAACGUGUCGUUGCCGCUGGACUGUAAACGCGCCCCCUGCAACAGUUUGAACUCGCAAAUUCGCAACCGGAACAUCGUUCGCACAGCAGACUUGGCGCGCGCGCGCGCGAUCGCAAACACGCCCCUGGCCGCUUUGGGUAGCCUGAGCGUACCUGGCUCCAAGGGACAGAGAUUGAUUAUUUUGUUACACCUUCGCUUUUACGUGUGUGUGUUUUUGUUUUGUAAUACAACCGCCCGCCUCCGUCCCCCCCCCCCCCCUGUCCCCCAGCGGGUGGCGUGUAAGUGUGUACAGUGCAAGCAGCAAAACACUUUUUUAACCGGCGCCGCGACCGCGUACACCCACGUAUAAUGUGGAUCAUACGAUGUAAAAUUUAGCCGGAACGCCCCAAACCACCACACACUUUUUUCUACUCCCCCAGCCCCACGCUUUGCCGUCUCCCGUUUGUGUGUGUGUGUGCGUGUAAUUGUGUGUAUUUAUGAGCGUAUUAAUGUAAUUGAAAGUGCAAUUUAUAGUACGAAAAAGCGUGUACAGUGUUUAUAUAUAUAGUAUAAGUAUUAUAUUUUAGAAAAAGUUUGCAUUUUGCGCAGCCAGUAAGCAGCCAACCGCGUUUGCCCUGCUAGCGCCACAGAAAGCGUUGUGAUAUAGGUUUUGAAUCUGAGCAGGGUUAGGAGUUCCCUUUUUUGUUUGUUUGUUUUGCUCUUCUUUGAUGUAAAUGUAAAACCCCCCCGUUGAUUGAAACACAACUUUUAACAAAAAAAUACAGACGAUAGGAGCGGCAAAAACAAAACAAAAAACGACAAAAUCGUGCGUACUGUGUGUAUGUGUGUAACCUCAAUUUGCAAAACAACUGAUAAAGGGAGAGAAGUGUGCUCCGUGUGCGCAAACUGCAGGCCGUCCGGGAGGGCAAAUUCUAGUGAUCAUGGCCUGCGCCGCCCGCACGACGCCCGCGUGCUGAGUAAAUAGUAAAUCCCUGUGCUUUCCCGUGCCCCGCCGGCACUGCUCGCUGCUAAGUAUAGAAAAUGCAGCACACCGGCAACAAGUUAACCCGCAGCAACUAACUGACCGAGCGUGCGUUCCGUUGCGUGCGUGUGGUUGUGUGGCCGCGCGCGCACAUGGCCAGCCAGUGUGUACGGGGUUUCUGUUUGUUCUAUGUUUCGUCGUUGUUGCUGUUUGUUUGUUUGUUGUUGACGUAAGCCGAGCCCGUGCUGUUGUGCCGCAGAUGUGAACAGAUGUGAACAGCAAUCGAACGUCGGAGAGCGGCCCGAAGAGCAUUUCUUAAAUUCGCAUUUCGCAACCGGAUCGCGAAGAAACGGGAUCGCGCGCGCGUGCGGCCUGUGUGCUUUUUUCUUUGUGGCCCCUGUGUUCCCCCGGGCCGGAUGUUACUGGACUGGCGGGGUGCGUGCGCCAGUCGUUCCCACACCGUGCAGAGUAUUCGUGCACCAACACCACCACCAUCAACCGGCCCCGGUGGCAUACACCGCGGCGUACCAGCGCCAACAGCAACACCGCCACCACCAGCGCACACGACUUCAACAUUUAUCUUUUGCAUUUCGUCAUUUCUUGGCCUACUCGAUCAGCAGGAGCAACAACAGAAACGCACCACCAACAGUAGUAACACGAGUAACACGACGCCACACACCACCGGUAGUACAGCAGGCGGCGGCAGGAUGGAGAGCCCGAGUGCCGGCGGCAGGCGUCGCGGCAAUUCGCGCAUCAAUGCCGAAGAUCAGGCGCUCGAUCAGAUCGCAAAGGAGGGCAGCAGCAUCCGGAGCGACAGCUACCACGAUUCGUCCUCGCUGCAGGACCCGGACGAUGGGGGGGCGGCGAUCAUCCAGCAGCAGCAGCAGCAGCAGCAGUACCAGCACGGCGGCUACGAACCGCACCGGCAGUACCAUCGGCUGUCCGUGUCGCACACCGGCGACGAGUUCAGCUCCGAGGAGGAUGAAGCGUUCGUCGAGCUGCUCGAGCGGGCCAGCGACAUUGCCGAGGCACGAUUAGCGGCACGGCGCCAGGCCCGUGCGGAGGCCCGCGAGAUACGCAUGCGCGAGCUGGAGCGGCAGCAGAAGGAGCUGGAGCAGACGGCGGACCGGGUGUUCGAUCUGCAGCAGCAGUCGAUCGGGCUGUCCGAGCCGGCGACCGCGCUGGUCGCGACGACGCCCCGGUCGAGCCGCAUCCUGGCGCAGAAUGCGGUGACGCGCGGCAGCGCCCUGUCGUCGCGCCGGAACAGCGAGGACUCGCUGGAGGAGGAAGCCCGCAGCCUUCGCGACCUACGGCACGAGCUGAAGGAAGUGGAGGAGCGCUUCCGGAAGGCGAUGAUUGCGAACGCCCAGCUCGACAACGAGCGGUCCUCGCUCAACUACCAGAUACAGCUGCUGAAGGACAAGCUGGAGGAGGUGGAGGAGUCCCACUCGCAGCUGCAGCGCGAGUACCGGGAGAAGUGCCGCGACCGGGAGGCGCUCAAGCGCAACAACGACAAGCUGAGCGAGGAGCUGAAGCUCGUCCAGGGCCAGCUGCAGGAGCGGGACGCACUGAUCGAGCAGCACGGGCUGGUCAUAGUCACGGUGGAGAACGAGGACGGUACCGAUGCGCACCGCGCCCUAGUCACAGCGGAUAACGCGCAGCUGCUCAAAUCCGUGCCCGGUUCCCUUGACGUAAGACUGAAAAAGUUUGCGGCCGAAAAGCAGGAGCUGCAGACGGAGCUGCAGUCGCUGCAGCAGCAGCUGAACGAUAUUAAGAGCAAGGGCCGGCGGUACACCUCCAUGAACGGUUCGCUCGUCGAUGACGAUUACGAGGAUGCGCAGCGCGAAGCCAACAAGCUGAUCACCGAGUAUAAAUACAAGCUGCAGAAGGCGGAGCAGGAGAUCGCGAACCUGCAGGCCAGCCUGGCCCGCUCGGAAACGCAGGUGAUCCGGUACAAGAGCACGGCCGAGGCGGCCGAGAAGGCCGAGAGCGAUCUGAAGAUCGAGCGAAGAAAGCUGCAGCGCGAGAACCGUGAAGCGAUGGACCGGCUGGAGGAGCUAGAAACGUCAAACAAUCAUCUGCUGAAGCGGCUAGACAAGCUUAAGAACGUCAAGAGCAACAUCCUGAAGGACAUAUGAUAGGACCAGGGCGGCCCCCCGUCCCCAGUGGCAUCCGGGACGGCGGCGACGAGGACGCAGCGCCGCCCGCCCGAGCCAGCCGGCGGCGAGCGCGGGAACCGUGGGAACAAAUAACUGGCAGCAGCAGCGCCCACAAACACCCAAUGGGGGGGGAGGGAGGAAGGGUUGGCACAUUCGUUAGAAAAAAAAACCCCAUCUUCAUCCCCCUCCCUCUCGACGUGAUUUGACUUAAGCCCCCUUCGCACCCAUCCCCUUUGCGUAUAAGAAGAAGCGAAAAGCAAGCAUGAUAGAUAGAGCCAUCUCCCUCCCGCCACACGCGCCGCCGAUCAGUUAUGUAUUAUCGUUUAUCUCCUGUCCUCAGCCGCCUCCCACUCUGCCGCUCGUUUUACGCGCAUUGUAAGCGUAUAGGGCUGCGAUGGGGAGGCUCUGUGUGUAUGUGGCGUGUUAAGUCCGUAUGUUGUGUAUAAAAAAAUGUUACUUUUGAAGCUUGAAAGUUCACAAAAUGCUUAAAUCGGUAAAUAUAUAGAGAGAGAAAGAUAGCAUGGCCCAAAAUAGGCACAUCCUUCCUCCCCCCCCCCCCCCACUUCCCCUAUCCACCAGAUAAAAAAGGGAAACGCCUUCCACGGACACAGGCGCCGCGCUGCUUCGCGUUACACGGACACAACACGGGCGGCAAGUUUUGGCACUCGCGAGAGCAUGCAAUGUUGUGGCCCCCCUAUUGCUACCUAUAGCUCCCUGCUUCAGCCUGCACAUAAAAUGGCAUCGAGUAUUUAUUAUAUAAAAAAAAAGUUUUAAUAUGUUUUUUUUUAAAUUAACAAAAAGCGAUCGUUUGUAGAAAACCUGUUCUGUUCUGCGCCUGCGUGCCAGAAGCAUGAGCAACAUGUGGCAAACGGGAAGAGGGAGAGGGCCAAGGGGAUGGGUAGAUGAUGCAAAAGAACCAUGAUAGCUGACCGUACACAAAAAAUAAAAAUAAAAAAAAACAUUGUAACUAGGAAUAAAUUUACACAACAAAUAGAACAGAGUGUCAGACAAAACUCGAAAAUGCGCGCUACCGAGGACCAUGUUUGCUUUUUUUUUUAUAAGCCAAUACCCUCCUCCCGCGCUUGUUUACCGCGCUUGUCAGCUUUUCCACCUAGGCCUCCUCUUCCCUGGCCAACGCACACACGCACACGCAUUGCACCAAUUUGGUUGUGCCACGAGUAUUACAACACCGAGCAGAGUGUGCUGCAUUCGCUGCAGUGUUGUCACUUGUGUGUGUUUGUGUGCUUUGGUAGUGACUUUGCUCUAUUUGCUUCCGACUGUGUUUUCUUCUUCUUCUCCUUCUUUUCCUCUCGUUGUUAUACGUAUUAAGUGCGUACGCUUUUUUAGAAACAUUUUCAUUUCCCCGAAUCCAUCUUAACACUAGCACGCGCGCGCUUAGCCUAAACAUUAUUUAUUUGUUAACGUAGACAUUUUAAAGUCAAAACAAUACAAGCGCACACGCACACUCGAGAGUAUUGUGUAAACUAUAGAGCCGCGCGAAGCAACGAGAACAGAGAGCAGAGAGAUAAAGUGCAUCAAAUACUUGUAGUAAUAAGGCAACAGGAGAGGGCGCAAGGAAGACGGAGUUUUUUUUCCGUUUGCAAAGCGUUCUUCUUUUUUUUUUACUGGUGAUGAGUUUGUAAAGCAACAGUAGCGUUUCGGAUAGAAUAUUAGAAAGUAUAUGAAAAAAGCGAGAGAGAGAGUGAGAGAGAGAAAGAGAGAGAGAGAGAGAGAGAGAGCGGGAGAGGUACGCAGAUGCAAUUGGAUUACGUGUCGGUAAAUUCCGGCCCUCUGUUGCGAUUGUGUUGCAUCUUCAGACUACACACUAGAAGUGUUGCGAUUGUCGCGUAGCAAAAGAAAUUGUCGAGGAAAAUUGGGGGGAAAAGUCACAAGUCUGCGACAAUCAUGGUUCCAUGGUUGUUUUUUUUUAAUUCUUUUUUGUUUACGGGACACAAACGACCUGCGGCUGUAUUUAAGGACAAGGUCUAGCAGCAGCGUUUCGCACCGGGCAGCAAAUGUGUAAAUUUUUGUACUGUUUGUUUUUCUUUUACACCAGUUUUACUUAAAUCGAUUUGUAAAUUUCAUGUUGCGUUUCUUUUCUUCUUUUCUUUUCGCUUGCUCUUCUGUGUAUCUAAUGUGUAUUUUAAUGCGUUGCUAGAACGAUAUUAUAUACGAUAUGAAUUAUAGACUCGCUGUGCAGGUUGCUGUUGUCCCUGUUGUGCCGGAAAAGCAACACAAUGAAAGCAUGCAAUGGAAAGCGCAAAAUCUUACCGGGACGUGCUUUUUUUUCGGAAGAGAAUACGAAAGCUGUUAGAAGAAAAAAUAUCUUAUACAGGGUUUCCCACGAUUUAUUGGUUGGUUCCCAUCAAUUGUUGGUGGGUUCCCAUAUAUUUUUUUUUGUGCGUUCCCACGAUUUUUUGGCCGUUUUCCAGAAUUUGUUGGUCCAAUUGUAUUGAUAUCCAAUCGGAAAAUAUCAAUAAAUCUUGGGAACGAACCAAAAAUAAAAAAAAAAUCAUGGGAACUGACCAAUAAAUCGUGGGAAACCCUGUAAACACCUUCUCCUCGCCGCGUACGAUAGUGUUUUAGAUAGUGCGAUCGGAACGGUUGGUUUCAUUUUCAGUUUUCACUGUUCGGAUCAUCAAAUUAGUUGUGUAAACACACACACCCACACACGCUUGUUUUUAGGUCGAUUUUUAUUUAUUUUUGCUUGGCCCGGAGCCCGAAGAAGCAGCAGAAAGGCAAGAGGAAAGGUGUAAAACGAUGCAAAAAGGGUAAUGAGGUGGACAUGAAAAAACGAAACACUAAAAAAAGCGCAACCCCCGUAAAUAUAGAACAAAAUAAUCAAAUAAAUCACAACCGGUGAGAGCCGCCCCCACCCCAAAACACCUGUGUUUAGGAGAUAGGCGUGAGUAGCGAUUAAAGAUUAGCAUAAAGCGAAACAAAUACUAGAGAGAGAGAGAGAGAGAUGGGGAGAACGCGUAGAAAAGAAAGCAACCAACACACACACACACACGCAAUGCGAUAUGCUUGAAUGAGAAAACAAACAAACAGUGCAGUUUUGGCGGUAAUCGAUACACGGGUUUUCCAGGAGCUCUCAUAGCUGUGGACUCUAUAGCACUCUUGUUGGACAACUCUAAUAGGAAUUUCCAAGUAGCCUGUCUAAAAAGGGUGCCAUAGAGUCCAAUUGCGAACAUAUAAAGUUCACUUCCAAUAGGAUAGAGUCCAGGAAGUGUCCUACAACUAUAAGAAUCCCUGGAAAACCCUGUAGACCACGAAGAGGAUGAUAAAGAGAGAGAGAGAGAGAGAGAGUGAGCGAGAAAUGUUUUGCAAUCGGCUUGUAUCGUGUUUAAUGGGUUUAAUAUGUAUAUGUUUUUGUCCGGAAGCCAGCGAGCGCGGAACUAUAUGAUACUCCUGUGUCUCGCAAACAAACAAACAAACAAAACGCCACGUGUAAUCGGGCUCCUCCGGCGCGUUCCGGCGCGUUACUAGAGCUGGGCAAAUAAAUUCUUUUGAAUGAACGAAAAGA